AUCCCAGGUGAUGUGAUGAGGGUGUCGUGAUUUCUAAAAUAAAAUUAAUAUAAAACAAACUUUAAAAACAGAAACAUUGCAGCUAUAUAAAAUUAAAAAGAGUUUAUAAGCAUGUGUAAUUGUUAGUGUUAAAACAAUGAAAAAUAUAACUAAAACAGUAGUUUAUUUCGUUCAAAGUGCUAAUUGAUUGUGACGACGUGAUUAUCACAACUAAAAAAGACUAAAAUGUUCCGUUCCUGUUGAUUAGUCACUGCAAAAGUUUACUAACAACAUGUUUCGGAGCCGUAGUUGGUUUGGAGCGGGCUGGGGCCGUCCAAAAAACCCUCAUUCCCUAGAGAGAUUGAAAUAUUUACAUAAUAUACUGUGUAAGAAUACAACAGUCUCUGAAAGUAACAGAGGCACUUUGGUUGAAUCUUUAAGAUGUAUAGCCGAGAUCCUGAUAUGGGGCGAUCAAAACGACAGUUCGGUUUUCGAUUUCUUCUUAGAAAAGAACAUGCUGUCUUAUUUCUUGAAGAUUAUGAGACAGAAAUGUGGGGGCUCUUCAUAUGUGUGUGUGCAACUAUUGCAGACACUUAACAUUCUGUUUGAGAAUAUCAGAAAUGAGACAUCUCUGUAUUAUUUGCUCAGUAACAACCAUGUGAAUUCCAUAAUAGUGCAUAAAUUUGAUUUCUCUGAUGAGGAGGUGAUGGCGUAUUACAUAUCAUUCCUAAAGACAUUGAGUUUAAAACUGAACAAUCAUACAAUCCACUUCUUUUACAAUGAGCAUACCAAAGACUUCCCCCUGUACACGGAGGCAAUAAAAUUCUUCAACCACUCGGAGUCAAUGGUUCGGAUUGCUGUCAGGACGCUCACACUUAAUGUCUACAGAGUCCAGGAUGCUAGCAUGCUGAGGUUCAUUAGAGACAGAACUGCAGCACCCUACUUUAGCAAUCUAGUAUGGUUCAUAGGAAAACACAUUUUGGAGCUAGAUGCGUGUGUGAGAAAUGAUGCCGACCACCAGUCUCAACAAAAGCUUGAUGACUUAGUAGCUGAACAUCUGGACCAUCUUCACUACAUAAACGACAUAUUAUGCCUCAACAUACCCGACCUCAACGAUGUUCUCACUGAGCAUCUACUCCACAAGCUUCUAGUACCCCUGUACAUUUAUUCUUUGACCUCAGAAUCUUUAAGACGACCGACAUCAUCCUCGCCGUACAACAGAGACCAUUUACAAAGCAUAGAGGUCAUAACAAGAAAUUUAGAAGCAAUAUUAAAGGGGAAAAAUGCGGAAAUGUCCCCUGGAAGAAUGAAUUUCCCAAGGAGAAUGGAGUCGGAGGAAGAAAAGCCAUCAGUUUCUUGCGUUGUUUCAUUAUUUUUGCUAUCACAAGUAUUCCUAAUAAUUACGCAUGGUCCUAUAGUGCACGCUUUAGCCUGGAUCAUAUUACAAUCUGAUUUGUCAGUAUUCGCAGAUGGCGCUACGAAAAUUUUAGAAAUGUACCUGAGUAAUACCAAAUCGAGUGUUAAACUGGAAUUUUCUAAACCUCAGUUGAGUUUGGAGAAGGCAUUAGAGAGCACCUCUGGUCAUGAAAGGGAUUACACGACUCCGGAAUUCAGCGGUGCCAAAGCGUUCGGUUAUGACGAUAAAGAUACCGAUCAUUCAAGUUGUGAUCUUGAUCCCGAGUUGGUAUCGACUUCUUUACCGUCCACAUCUCACAUAAGCGAGUCUUCUAGUGUUGUGAAUGAUUCCACCGAAGAUUUAGUCACGCAAAUGCAUUCAGUCAGGAGUGGAAUAAUGUCGCCAAAAGAAAAUAUGCCCGAUUCACCGUUACCUGACUCUGGUAUCGAAUCCAGUUCCAGUAAAGUUUCAGAACUGAAUAAUAUAACGGAUGAAGAAAAGCAGAAACUACUUGGUGCUAUACCACCAGCGACAGAGAAGGUUAUAUCGUUAGAAAGUAUUAUAGAAAGAGAGAAUAGAGAAAUUGAAAAGAGGCCGUUUUUGAAAACGAUUUUCGAAUCUUUGGACUGCACAGAAAAUGACUAUAAGGCGUUAUUCGCACUGUGUUUAUUGUUUGCCUUGAUCAACAAUAAAGGUGUAAACACAGAAUUGCUAGACACACUACUGUGUCCGGAAACGGAAAUACCGAAUACUCAGAUAGAAGCGCCAUCUAGUGACAGCGGUGAACAAUCGACGCCUCAGUCUGGCAGAAGAUAUAUGCACAGUUUCAACACGUUACUUAUUGCCAAACUGAUGGCGAUCGCCAACUUGAGCUGUAGACCAGCGUCAAAAGUCCGUCUCGUGACGUUGGAGCUAAGCGUGACACUAGUGCGUAUAGCCAUGCAAGGCGCCACUGGUAUCGCGGGCGCGCGCCAUCUUGCGGCCGCCGAAGCUUUGCGCGGGCGCGCCGCCGCGUUAGCUAGAAACUUCUACAAGUGCGACGAUAUAUUCUUGGACAUGUUCGAAGACGAGUAUUGCGAAAUGAGUAAACGACCUCUUAAUGUGGAGUGGUUGUGUAUGGACGCGGCGAUACUGUUACCCCCAACUCGCACGCCUAUGUCUGGCAUCGCUUUUGCUAAAAGAUUGCCUAGUGGAGAAAUGGAAAAAGCCCGCCGUGCUAUAAGAACCUUCUUUCUGAUUCGGGAUCUGUAUCUCAAACUGACAGGAAAACCGGAAACACAAUUGCCUUUGAGAAAUCCCGCGUCAUUCGUGCAAGUGGGAGAUUCACUAGACUUAAACGAAUCGGAUCUUAUAUCAUGCGACAUAAUACAGAAGGAUGGUACCUGGCAACACCGCUUCCUGGCGGUGGACAACAUUCAGAUAAUUCUGGUUGAGCCCGAGAAACAAAAGAUGGGGUGGGGCGUCGCGAAACUGGUCGGCAGCUUGCAGGACUUGGAAAUACAAGGCGACAAAGAGGACCCCCGAUGCCUACACCUAACAAUAUAUAAGCCACGCGUUGGUACCAACGGCGCGUUGCCGAGAACUGUGCUAUUACGUGCCAAGUUCAAAUUCGACGACCACAUACGUAGUAUGGCGGCUAAACAACGACUUACCAAGGGUCGGACGAAAUCGCGCCAAAAGAAGAUGGCGCAGAUCGGGCGACUGCUAGAAGUUUCCGGAGUGACCGCGCCCGCGCUGCAGCCGCGACAUCGCCCGCUGUUCACGAGGCCCGGGUUCAGUGCCAUCCGAAGAUCUAUAGGUGGCGAAGAAGACGUCGAGCGAAGACUAAGAAGGCCGAGCGCACACAUGCUGAAAGAUGGCAUCGUUGUAUACAGAGAACGGACCACUAGCAGAGAAAGUAGCGUAUCCCGAACCAGCAGUACGCACGCUUCUCGCGACAGCUCGCCGCGCUCCCGCUCCGAAGACAUUCCUUUAGAAGAUAUUAGGAGCAACUCCAAGACUGCCGUCAAUGAACCGCCUCUUACACAGAGUCAACCCAGCACCUCAGCCCUGACACUGAAACCUACACUCUCUUCAGAGGAGACCUCAUUUAUAUCGACGGACAAGCCUAGGCCGAAACGCAAGGGCUUGAUAGAAACCAUAUGAUACUAGCUAAAAUAUUCGCAAGAAAAGUAAGUGUGGAAAAACUAUAUAAAACUUCUGUGGUACGGCUACCAUGGUUUAUAAAAAUAUCAAAUUAAAUAUUUGGACUAUUUUCUCUUAUGUAUGGUUACUUGUAAAAGAUUAAAAACCUCGCAGGGCUAGAAAGUAAAGAUCAUGGGCAACAAUACAUUUAUAAGUUUUUACUGGCUGUUACAUUAUGUAUACUUUUGUGACGACAUCUCUACGUCACACGCCAUCAGCCAAUAACAAGAAAACAUGCUGUGGCGUUAGCCAAUAACAGCGAAGAUUCAUAUUCGCGCAAGCGAAGUUUCUUCGGAUUGGAGAUUCUUUGCAGCGGCAACAUAACUGCCAGCCUCGCGGAAGAUCUUUUUCUCUCCCUUUGUGCCAGUCGAAUCCGAAACAUCACUCCCGCUAUACUUUCAUACAAACAUUUACGUUAAUUUUAAUAAACUUUGUUGCGCGCGUUUCCCAAUUCCCAGGCUGAACAAAGACUUGUCAUGGCAGUUAGUACAAUUAAACCUUGGUAUAUCGUUACGCAAUUGAUUGAUUUAUUCUUCAUAAAUCACAAUCAACUGGUUGUUGAUAUUUUAUAAGUAACCUCGUUAUACGAUUCUUGAUAUAUUAAGUUGUUGUGGUGUACGGUGGAUAUCUGAUUAUUUUGACGCAGUGGUUGUUUUUGCUAAACUGGAUUCCCGGGUUUGAUUUCCGGUUAAGGUUAUAAUAGAAAAUGUUUUUUUAAUUAUUGGCUUGGGACUUGGAUAACUAUUUGUUUAUUGUUGAGUAGUAUCCCUUAACAUAAGUCUCUAACUGACUUCAAUCUGUGUGAUUUGUCCGGAAUUUUUGUUUAUUUUUUAGAAAUCUAUGGUUAAUUUUUUUGAAAUAAAUGACUUUUCCCUACGUAAUUAAAGAACUUCAUGAAUAAUAUUACCUUCGACUUAUUGUAUCAAUAAAAGAAAAGAACAAAAAAAUAAAGAACGUUUCUCAAACAAGUACUCCUAUUUCCUGUGCCAUUGUUUCUUAAGCAAUAUAAUUUUUUAUUUAUAAAAAUGUAUAAUUUAUAUUCAACCAAUUUUAAUUAAAAUAUUGCAUUUGAAAUAAAGACGAUUUCAAAAUAAAAAUUCAAAAUUAUCCGCCUACACUAUGUUCCAUAGAUCUUGCAAAAAUACAAUUAAGCACACAAAAUUAAUGACUUCUUUAUCGAUAAAAAAAAUUAAAAUAUAGAAUAUUAAUAAGUUUAGUUCUUUAGAUAGUCGUAGUUAAAUUUAAAGUAUAAUACUAAUAUUGUUGAAACGUAUUUUUGUAAAACUAACUACAUAGAUCUCACGUAACGUCCGUAUAUUUAUGUAUGUGAUUAGUUAAUAUAGAUAAUAUUUAGAUAUUUACAGUCAACUGCAGAGAAACAAAUAUAUAAAUAUAAUUUAACAUGACCACUGUUCAUAAAAACAGAAACCUAAGUUUCAGGUUUUACUGCUCUUGACUGUAAAAUGAAGUCAUUUCAUACGGAAAUAAGCUAUACGUUAUAGUUAUUGCUUUAUUAAAUUUUAUUAAAUUUAAAAAUCGAUCGCCUCAGGUUAGUCUAAUAAUGUUUUUAUUGAAUUACAUAAUGUCCAGGUACCUACAUAUUUUUAAUUUUUGUGACAAAAAGAAGUUUCUUACAUUUGCUGAAUUAUUAACAAUAUUGUUAACCGUUUGAAAUUUCCGUAUGUAAUUUACUUCAUUCGCUAAAGAAAAUAACAUUAAUGUCAUAAAAGUCUUAUGUGGUUAACUUUUACCUGGAUUUUUUUGAUUGUGAUAUUUUUUUUUUUGUUAUUUCUUACAGACUUCAAGGUAGGUAAUAAAAACUUAUUAAAAGUAAUGUAUUAACUUGAAAAGUCAGAGCAAUUUGUUUUAAGAUAUCCUAACAUAUUUACUUAGUUUAUUGAAAGCACAAUGGUGGUUGUCUGAAAUUUGUAUAUUUAAUUGACUUAAGAUUGGCAACCUUGCGAUUCGGAUGUGAUAUAUUUGGUUUUUAAUAUAUUUUUUCUAUAAAACUUGUAAAUCGACUGCAUGAUAACAUAAUCCAAAAAAGAUUAAAAAAGCAUAAAAUCACGAGUGAGUGACGAUAGCCGCAAUUUAUGUUGUGAUUUUGUUUAACGUUUGCAAUAAUUAAUGUAUAUUUUUGUUCAGAGACAUAUUAUCUUAGGAGUUGAAAUGGAAUAUAUAACAUGUUAUAUGUAUGACAAAGUGUUUUUAAUGUACCUCGAUCUUGGGUAACUUUUUGAUAUAAAUAUAUAAUAGUAGACGAAACUGAAGUAGUCUUUCUCUAUAAUAUAAUUAAAUGGUUCUUACAAAAAAAUCAGGAUUCGCUGUCAGUUUUAAAAUGAAAGAUGUUUUUCAACUAUUUUUGUUCUAAUUUAUUUGAUUAAUCAUCUGCUCCUAUACACAUGAUAUGCACCAAUGCCUAUAAAUAAUAUAAACGAUGAACAGUACUGGGUAUGACAUUAAUUAAUUAUUUACAAAACAUAAUAAAAUUAUCAAUAUUACAUCCCAUUGCUCUUUAUCAUAUUACAUUAUAAAACCUUAUUAAUAUAUAUCAAUAACAUACAACUUCUUUGAGCGCUAAUCUCCUUGUCAAAAUAAAAUAUAAAGGAAACUGAGACACACAUAAAUUAUCUUAAAUUUCAAUUAACACUUUAAACAACGUUAAAAUCACAGUAAUCAUUAUUUAACCAUGAACAUGUAACGCAGUACAUUUUUUUAAUCAAAAUCAAUUAAUACAUAGAGACUUCGAUGUUACACGUAGCUAGGCUAAUCAUUUUAAAAUCAAUUCUACGCAAUUUCAACUUAUUUGCAUUUUAUAUUUUAAAAUGUACUCAUUUUAAUAAAACUCCCGUGCAUUCGCGCAUAUUUAUCAUUGUCUAAAUUAAAAUACUUAAUUUUAAAGGCAAAGUUGAAAGGAACUUGAAAUAAUUCCAUUUACAAUUAACAUUAUUAGUAACUUAAUCGUAAACUAUUAAUAUCUUGUGAACUUAUUUAGUAUUUUGGUCAGCGCAAUUUAUAAUAUACUUAAUAAUUUUAAUAACUUAUAACCACCUGCGUGACGUUCAGGAGCCGUUCAUCAGACCAAAAUAUUUUUUUUUAUUAUACAUGUAAAGAUAAGGUACGGUUUCAUGGCUUUCGCCACAUUAAAUUGCUGAUAUUCGAUUGUGACAUUAAACAUUAUAUCUUACAUUGUGUAAUUAAACAACAGCUGCAUAUUAAAAAUAUGUAUAUCCGGAAUUAAUACUAAAGAAUAAUAUGUACAUACAGUUUUCCAUGUUUUGAUAUCAACUUUUCCUUCAAUUAUCUUAUUCCAUUACUUGAUAUAUAUAUAAGUGAUUAAUGUCUCUAAUGAAUAUUUAUUUUUGUAAUUUUUACAAUGUGACAAGGUGUAACGCUUCGGAAACAUCUAAACAGCAUUUAAUAAGACAGCAAUAUCUUAUGGUGGCUCAAUUCAUGCAAAGUUAUUAUUUUGUGUGACUGGAAGUUGAUAUCAAAACAUAGCAUUAUUAGGCCCUGAAACAUAAGGUUUUAGCCUAUCAAAUAAACUAAUAUGAAUUUAAAUACUAUUUAGGAAUCUGAAGCAACGUCGACACAAGCUUAAUGGAAGCACGUAUGCUGAAACUUUGUUUAAGAGUGAACUUUAAACCGUAUUUAAAUUAAUAUUACCAUAGACAAAUACAGUUAGUAUGGAAAGCAUUCUAUUAAAAAAAAAACUUUAAUCCGUAGUAGCAAACUAUUAUGGUCACUAUAACUCUUUUUUAAGAAAUUGGUAGAAUUUUGGUGCACCUUGCGUAAAUAAUAUUAUAUACUAAUUUAUAUUGUUCAGUAGCCUAUCGUUAACUCACAGCAUUUUGAAUUAAUAUUGGUGUCUCAGUUAUGAGCGGUGAAGUGUGUCAUUAAUUUAUAUUUGUAUAAAAUCAUCUAUCUUAGAUUACGUAAAGAAGCAGACGAAUUUUCCUUCAUAAAAUACAUAUAUCGAUAUCUCCCACCGAUAAUUUGUAUGGUUAAUAUGAAUUGGUAAAUGAAAACUCGCCUGCUGAUAGACAAAAAUAAAGGAACCCUGUCACCAAUUUAUAUGUGCGCUUGGAUUUUAUAUAUGCGAAAUUAAUUUCAUUCGCUUUUCUGUAAGUUUAAUUACAAAAUAGUCUCAAAGAGAGAAGAAUAAUUUUUUUUUUAAACAAAAUACAUAUUGAUGAACAAAUGCAAGGGUGAUAAUGUACUCGUAUGUAAUUUUAUCUAUUUCGUUAGUCACACAACACUGUUACACAAGCCAGUUAUUCUAAACGAAGCUCAUAUUUUUCUUAACAUCUAUUUACGUUAUGUACGACUAUUAUUUUAUUCUCUUGUAAAUAACACUCAUUUUUUUAUUUAUAUUGCUGUUAAUUUUUUAAUAUUCAAAUAUUAUAUUUUGUAUGAAAAUUUUAAGU